GCGGGGCGCGGUGCACGCUGGGAUAUUUAAGUCUUCGCCGCGGCGCGGAGCCGCGAUGUCUCCGGCGGCUGCGGCGGCUGGCAGAGGCGAGCGGCGGCGGCCUAUAGCGAGCGCCCGGGACGGCCGAGGCCGCGGCGGGACGGCUGGGGCGGCGCUCCUCGGCCUGUCGCUGCUCGGCCUCGCGUUGUACCUGGUGCCGGCGCUAGCCGCUCUGGCCUGGCUGGCCGUGGGGACCACCGCGGCCUGGUGGGGGCUGAGCCGCGAGCCCCGCGGCCCUCGCGCCUUCGCUCUCGAGCGGGACGGGCGGCGCCAGCGGACGCUGCCGGCCGCCCCUCCGACCAAGCCGGCGGCCAACGGAAACCUUCUAGAGCCGCGGAGCCCGCACGGAGGGCCCGACCGCGCCGAGCUGCUGCUCAUGGGCAGCUACCUGGGCAAACCCGGCCCCCCGCAGCUGGGGCCCGCGCCCGCCGGCCGGGAGCCGCGGGAGAGGCCCGGCCGCCGCCCAGCCCCGCGCCCCGCGCCGCCGCCGCCGCCGCCCUCGCCCCCGCGCCUCCACCUCGGCCGGACGCCCGCGCCCUCCCCGCUGCGGCCCGCGCGGAGACCUCCCUACCGGGAUUGCGGGACGCUAUCAAAUCGGUUUGUAAUAACACCUCGAAGACGCUAUCCAAUCCAGCAGGCCCAGUAUUCUUUGCUGGGGUCGCUUCCCACAGUGUGUUGGAAUGGUUACCACAAGAAGACUGUGUUAUCUGUCCGUAAUUCCAAGAUGGUGUGCAGCCCCGUGACUGUGAGGAUCGCCCCUCCCGACAGCAAGCUGACUCGCUCUCCACUAUCAGAACAGAUCAUCAGCUCGGCAUUGUCCUCGCCCUCAAUCAAUACUCCUGACCCGUGUGCAAAGGAGACUGUGCUGAAUGCCCUCAAAGAGAGGAAGAAACGGACAGUGGAGGAGGAAGAUCAAAUAUUCAGUGAUGGCCAGGAGAAUAAAAGGAGGCGCCAUGACAGCAGUGGAAGUGGACAGUCAGCAUUUGAACCCCUGCUGGCUAACGGAGUUCCUGCCUCUUUUGUGCCUAAGCCUGGGUCUCUAAAGAGGGGUCUCAGUACACAAAGCUCAGAAGACCACUUGAAUAAGAGGUCGCGCACCUCUUCCAUGAGCUCCCUGACGAGCACACACACGGGCGGAAUCCCCAGCUCCAGCCGCAACGCCAUCACCAGCUCGUACAGCUCCUCGCGUGGCUUCACUCAGAUGUGGAAGAGAAGUGGUCCCAGCUCCUCGUCCUUCUCUAGCCCAGCUUCAUCCCGCUCCCAGACCCCAGAGAGACCAGCCAAGAAAUCAAGAGAAGAGGAGUUCUCUCACACAUCUAGCUCUUCAACGCCGUUGGUGGCAGAUAAGGAGUCCCAGGGAGAAAAAGUUGCAGAAAUAGCCACGUGGAAGAAACAGAACUCGUGGAGCUCCCCUCCCACACCUGGCGGCACUGGACAGCGGAAGCGGAAGGUCCAGCUGCUGCCUUCCCGGCGAGGAGACCAGCUGGCCCUGCCCCCUCCGCCUCAGCUGGGUUACUCCAUCACCGCUGAGGACCUCGACCAGGAGAAGAAGGCUUCGCUGCAGUGGUUCAACAAGGUCCUGGAGGAUAAGACGGAUGCUGCCCCCAGCCCUGUUGCCGACAACCCCCCUGCCACCCAGCCUUCCUUCACCUUCACGCUGCCUGCUACUGGCCCGACCACCUCGCCCACCUCGAGCACUAACCCACUGCUGGAGAGUUUGAAGAAGAUACAGAGUUCCCCCAGCCCCCCGGAAGAAUCCGCCGGAGUGGCCACCACUGAGGCCCAGUCACCUCCGAAGUCUCCGAAGACGCCCCCGAAGACUCCCAGCCUUCAGGCCCCUCUCGGCUCCUCACAGCUGGGGGCCCUUUCCAGCACCCCAGCAGAUUCCAAGCCCAUGGUCCCUUUCUUGGGGCUGAGCCCUGCCGCUCCCGCAGUGCCAGCCUCUGACACCAAGUCGCCACCAGCCCCAACGGUGGAGACCCCUUCCAAUCUCCCAGCCCUGACCACUGCGUCCCCUGCCCCCCCCAAGCAGAGCCUCCUUUUUGGGAUGCUGAGCACACCCCCUGUAGACCCCCCCGCCAAUCCUCCAGCCUCUGCGGCUUCUGGGGGGGCUACCGUAUCGCCCAUGUUCAAGCCCAUUUUUGAGAGCCCAACGAAGAGCGAGAAGAUGGGUGCCAGCCCUUCCACGGCCACCCCCACGACGAGCUCCAGUGCCACCCUCCUGACCACCAGCACCUCGGCCCCCACCUUCAAGCCUAUAUUUGACAAGCCGGGCCCCCCAACAUCUGUGCCCUUGUCCCUUUCCUUCUUCACCCAAACUGCUGCUCCAGCCACUGUCACAAGCGCCCCCAUCUUCACGGCUCCAGCUAGCGCCGCUGCCGCCGGCACCUCCUCACCAGCUCCUGUGAGCUCUACCAGUGCAGCCGCGGACACCACCCCCAAGCCCAUGUUCAGCUUCGGAGGGACCUCCUCCACCAGUGCCGUGAGCAGCGGGACCAGCACCGCCACGUCCACCUCCCAGCCUUUCCUCUUUGGGGCUCCCCCUGCCUCCGGUGCCAGCUUCACCCCCGUCCUUGGCUCCAUGUUCCAGUUUGGCAAGGCACCUGCCACACACGCCUCCACGGCAGCCACCACCUUCGGCCAGUCCACGCUCAGCAGCGCCCCAACGGCCAGCAGCAGCACCGGCUUCGUUAGCUUCGGUGCCGCACCGACCACCUCGGCGCCUGCCGCCACCAGCAGCCAGCCCACGCUGACCCUCAGCGGUGCCGCCACACCGGCCUUCAACAUUCCCUUUAGCUCGGCCACCAAGACCCCAGCCCCGCCGUACCCCGGAGCCAACUCCCCGCCCGCAUUCGGUGCUGCCGAUGGGCAGCAGCUGGGGGCCAAGUCAGCCCUUGCCCCCAGCUUCGGCAGCUCCUUCACCUUCGGGAAUUCUGCGGCCCCGGCUGCGCCCGCCAACCCGACCCCCACCCCGGCCGCGUCUGUCUUUGGCACUGCCACUCAGUCGGCUUUUGGGGGCCUGAAGCCCCCCGCAUCUACCUUCGGCACCCCUGCCUCCACCCAGCCAGCCUUUGGCGGCACCACGGUCUUCUCCUUCGGCACAGCCACCACCGCCGGCUUUGGCACCCCCACCACCACUCAGACCACUAGCAGCAGCACCACGGGCCUGCUGUUCGGCGGCACCACCACACCAUCGCCCUUCACCUUUGGGGGCUCAGGGGCCAGCAGGGCAUUUGGGAUCAGUGGGGCUGCUUCGGGCACUGUCGCAGCCUCUGGGACGUUCAGCUUCGGAGCAGGACAGAGCGGGCCAGCUGCUGGCUCCACCACCUUCGGGGCGGCCCUGGGUCAGAGCACCCUGGGCACCGCCAGCCAGAGUACCCCCUUCGCCUUUGGCACGGCCGGUACAGCGGAGACCAAGCCUGUGUUUGGAGGCACCUCCACACCCACCUUUGGGCAGAACAGUGCUGCCCCCGGGGUGGGCACCGCAGGCAGCAGCCUCUCCUUUGGGGCAUCCUCAGCCCCCGCCCAGGGCUUUACUGGAGUCGCAACAUUUGGGUCGGCGGCCCCCUCGUUCUCCAUUGGUGCAGGAUCCAAGACCCCAGGGGCACGCCAGCGGCUGCAGGCCCGGAGGCAGCACACCCGCAAGAAGUAGCUGCCCCGUGCUGUGCCCCACCCUGACCUCAGCCCCUGCUAGGAAGAGCCUCUGACCCUUCUCUUCUCAUUCCGGGAAAUAGACCACCCCUCUGGUUCUGACGCCCGGGGCCUAUCCCUAGGAGGCAGGAGGCAGCCUGGGACCUUACUUGAACACUUGGCCUGGUGAGGCUGGAGAAAACUAAAGAAACAGCUGUACA